ACAGGUUACACGCUUGCUGCCUGCCUGCCUGCCUGCCUGCCUGCCUACCUGCUUUCCUCUUGCGCCUGCUCCGCUGCCCGUCCUCCCCCCCUUCCCCUUCCCCUUCCAUCCUUUUCGCGCACGAGCUACAGAGUACACUGCUAAAGGGCCCUUGUAACAAGUCGGACCACAGUCCGCUGCCAUUAUUUUAUCACUGCAUCCUUCUACCCCAUGUCAUGUCGAACAACAAGAGCACCCAGGAACGCCCGCGCAAGCUGCAACGCAUCUCCCAGGCUUGCGACCUGUGCCACCGGCGCAGUAUACGAUGUCGGCCCAGCGCGGAGGAAGCUCAUAAGUGUCAAAACUGCUACGACUUCGCUAUCGACUGUACCUACAACCGACCCUCCCGCCGGCGCCGCAAUCCAUCGGCUGCACAAGGGGCCCCAGGCAACCUGCUCCCGGUGCGGCAUACCACAGCCAUAUCGCCCAUAUCGCCGACCGUCAAGUCUGAAGGCGGCGGUGGCGGCGGCGGUGUCUAUCCGGAUGGCGCGUCCAUGUCGGCGGGCACCCUCACCGGCGCAUAUGAAGUGGUGCGCGAGGGCAGGCCAGAUGAUCUCUUAAGCGUGGCGUGGCAUUGCUUCGCUGCCAACAGCCAAGCCAUGAUCUAUCGAUAUCUGGAAAUAUAUAUGGAAGUCGUGUAUCCACUUUUCCCGUUGUUCCAUGGACCCACAUUAUGGGAACGACUUCACCAACGCCAGCAUUUGACCGAUCGCGGCUUCUUUGCGUCGGUGAUGGCUGCCUGUGCUCUGGCCGCGGCACGAGCACGAGAUGGCGCCUCGAGCGACAAGCAGCUGCUGAACGACGAGACUUCCAGCAACUCGUCCGAAGUCUUCUUCUCGGCCGCCCAGGACAACAUUUCCAAAGAUCUCACGAAAAUGACCGGUUUGGGGUACAUGCGCGCCUGCGCUCUGCUGGCUCUGACUAGCAUUCAAUAUGGCCAAAUCCAGAUGAUGCACCACUACAUGGGCCACUACUUGACUCUUGGCGCCAUGCAGCACUUUCACGACGAAAGUUACUGGCCCGAGCAUAUAUCGGUCGAGGAGCGCGAGGAAAGGAGAAGACUAUUCUGGUCAAUGUAUAACUUCGACGUGUACACGUCCGUCGUCUUCAAUACCAUCCACAAAUCGCAGGAGACACACUCCAACGUUGCCUACCCCAGCGAAGUCAGCGAUGAAGAGCUCACAUCGAGUGUGGCGAAUUAUUCCGAUCCCCAGAACUGGCUCCGAGGUUACAAUUUCACCACCGAUCUCUACCGCGUGCUGGAGCAUGCGCUGAAGAGAUUGCGGAUCAGCAGAUACAGGCGUGAAGAUCGGUUGUCUAUUGUGAGGCUCAUGAUCUCCAACCCGAUGCCUGAUACGCAGAUUAUGGAUAAUGUGCAACGCCUGUACAAUCAGCUGCCCGAACGUUUCAAGGACUACCGAGCCCAAGCAACAGGCGAUCGUAGCCACGAUAUAUAUGGCUUCCAAGCAGCGAACAUUCAGGCGACCUUGCAGCUUGUACGAAUGACAUUGCUCGAGGCACGAGGCAGCAAUGCACACUCGGUACAAGAGAAAUGUCGUGUCGCGGAGACAGUCCUCAAUACCUUCCGUGACAUUCCGCAGCACUAUCUACGAGCAAUCUCCACUCCACUCGUUUACCUCCUCGGCGGUAUUGGACAUAUACUGUCCUCUGUCAUGCAGGGUGUGCUGAACGAAGGCUCGUAUGCGCAAGUACGCGCACUUACGACAGGUCUCGCCGAUCUACUGGAAGAUCUCGAGACAGUACUGCAGCCCGCAGCUGGAUCCAGUCGAGAGCUGCGCAAACAGAUCGACAAGAUUGAUCAGUACAUGCAGGCGCAACGAGAGAUGUUAUCGACGUCGACCGCGACCCCGCAACACAUUGCUCCUUACCCCGAGCACGCCAGCAACGGCAAUGGACCCUACCCUGCCAGCAACGGGACGAACGGUAACCAUCCUGUCUUGCCUUCGGGUUCGCUUCCGCCUUUGACUAACAAUAUGGGAAUGCGCACACCACACGAUGACUUCCAAUUGCCGCCAGAGGUGACUCAGGGGUGGCCGUGGCCCUUUGACCUGGUACCAGAGAGCAACCAAUACCUGCCUAUCCACGGCUCUUCCGAAAGCCAUGCAUGAUGUGGCUUUUUGACCAGUAUCCCUAUGUGUUGAAUUACAUUCAAUUCGGUCGGUUACACAAAAUUAUUGUGUGUGGACUCACAGAGAGCGGUGAAAUUCAUGAGUAAUGAAUGGGAGGCAAUUCGAGGACAGAGACAGAACAGAGAAACACAGGCAGCACUCUGAAAAGCGUGCAAACACGACAGGAAGAGGUACAGACAUCAGCGAGAUUCUUUCGCUUCCAGCGCCUCGCACGAUGACGUCUCAAGUCCUUGAGAGAAUAUUGAAGUCGAGCAUUGGGGACGUCCAAGACUCGGCGGGAGACGCACUUACGAUUCAAAAGCUUCGCAGCAACACUUGUCCUUCUGCAUUGUAUUGGGAAAGGAAAACAAAAGAACAAGGUCAACACAGGACU